AUGAAAGUGAAGAAUGUAGAUAUAGAUGCUGAUGUAGAACCAGGAAGCAUUAAGAUUCGUCCAGAAAAACCAAGCAUGGAAGGUAAAAUAUCAGUAGAAGGUCCAAGUAUUGAUGUUGAACCAGUAAAAGUAAAAGUAAAGGGACCUUCAGUGCCUGAAGUACCAGAAAUAAAAGGAAAUUUGGAUGUGGAAGCAGAUUUACCUGAUUUUGAACCAUCCAUUAAAAUCAAGGGUGAUAUUCCAGAUAUCCCGAAAGUAGAAGCAGAAAUGGGAGGAAAAGCUGAUAUUCCAGGAAUUGAAAUCAAGGGUAAUGUGCCAGAACUUCCAAAGAUAGAGGCAAGUGUGGAUGCACCUGAAUUGAAAGUGGAAGGAGAGCUACCAAAACUGAAAACGGAAGGUGAUAUUGACAUUGGAAUAAAUGUUCCAAGUAUAUCAGGAGAUAUCAAGGGAUUGAAUAUUGAAACACCUGACUUCCCAAGUGGCAAAAUUGAAGGAGAUAUUAAGGGUGACUUACCAAGCAUUGAGAUUCCUAAAGCUGAAGUCUCUCUACCAGCAGGCCCUGAAUUACCAAGUGCAGAAAUCAAGGGAGAAUUGAAGGGUCCAGAGAUCUCCAGUUCAGCCCAAGUACCAAAGGCAGAACUUAAGACAAAGAAAGCAAAACUUGGUCCAUGUGCUUGUUUAGGCAAACCAGGCAAAAUUGGCAAAGAAGAACCAUACAUGGCUGCCGAAGCUGGAGGAAAAGUAAGUGGAGAAGUUGAAGGUAUAGAUGUGGGUGUAGAAGGACCCAAAGGUAGUGUUGCAGUAGAUGUUGACUCACCUGAGAUAAAGGGUAAGAAAGUAAAGGCUUCAGGCAAGCCUAAGAUGUCCUUAGGAUCAUGCUUCGGGAAAGCAAAGCCACCAAGUGCCCGUGGUGAUUUAUCAGCUGAUGCUGGUGUUGAAGGAACCAUUUCUGCUGAGCCACACCUCAAAGUUGAAGGAGCAGAUAUUGCAGGUCCAAGUGCAGAGAUUUCCCUUCCAGAAGGAAAGGCUGAAGUUGAUAUUGAAUCCCCAGAAGUUAAAGUGAAAGGAGGAAAAGUAUCAGGCAAACCCAAGAUGAAAUUUGGACCCUGUUUCGGCAAAGGCAAAGAUGUAGAAGUAGAAGGUGAAUACAAACCAAGUAAAGUAGAAGUUAAAGGUCCAUCUGUCAGUGGUGAAGUCAGUGCAGCUUCACCUGAAAUGAGUGGAGACAUUAGUGUUGAAGCACCUAAAGCUAAAAUCAAAGGAGAAAAGCCAAAAUCCAAACUAGGAUCCUGCUUUGGAAAACCAAAAGGUCCAGAAGUUGAGGGUGAAUAUGAUCCUGCUAAACUAGAUGUUAAAGGUCCAGAAGUUAGAGGUGAAGUGGGUGUUUCUUCAGCAGAGGUCACAGGGGAUAUUGAUGUUGAGUCUCCAGAUGUGAAAGUUAAACCAAGAAAACCAAAAGCAAAGAUUGGAUCCUGUUUCGGUAAGCCUAAAUCACCUGAAGUUGAGGGUAAAUAUAAACCUGAAAUUGAUGUUGAAGGACAUAAAGCAGGAGCCGAGGUUUCAGUCAGGGCCCCAGAAGUAGAGGGUCAUAUUGAUGUAGACUCUCCAGAUAUAAAGAUCAAGAGAGAAAAACCAAAGUCUAGACUGGGACCCUGCUUUGGAAAGGCAAAGGGUGAAGUAGAAAGCGAAUAUAAACCAGGAAAUGUUUCUGUAAAAGGUCCUGAUGUUGGUGCAGGGACAAGUGUAAUGAGCCCUGAUAUUAGUGCAGAAGCACGUGUGAAAAGUCCUGAUAUUGAAGGUGAAAUUGAUAUCGAAUCACCAAAAGUGGAAGUUAAAGGCAAAAAGGUAUCUGGAAAGCCUAAAGUUAACCUUGGGUCUUGCUUUGGUAAACCCAAGGAACCAAAGAUCGAAGGCACAGGUGCACAAAUACAAGGUGAAGUACCAGCUGCUAAGGUUGAAGUCAAGGGUGAUAUUCCUGAUAUACCAAAAGUUAAGGCAGAAAUAGGUGGCAAAGCAGAUAUACCGGAAAUUGAAAUGCAAGGGAGUGUUCCAAAGCUUCCUGAAAUUAAAGCAACUAUUGGUUCACCAGAAUUAAAGACAGAGGGGGAUGUUGGUGUUGGAGUAAGUGCUCCAAGUAUUUCAGGAGAUAUUAAGGGUGAUAUUCCCAAAGCUGAAGUCACUGUACCAUCGGGCCCUGUAUUGCCAAGCACAGAAAUUAAAGGUGAGAUCAAGAGCCCAGCUUUAUCAGGUUCAGCAGAGAUACCAAAGGCUGAAAUAAAAACAAAGAAGGCAAAACUUGGUCCCUGCACUUGCUUGGGCAAAUCAGGCAAAGAAGAGCCAUAUAUAGCAGCAGGAGGAGGGAAAAUAAGUGGAGAAGUUGAAAGCAUAGAAGCAGGCAUUGAAAGACCAAAAGGCACUGUUUCAGUUGAGGUGGAUUCUCCUGAGAUGAAGAACAAAAAGGUCAAGGCCUCAGGAAAGCCUAAGAUGUCCUUGGGAUCUUGCUUUGGUAAAGGAAAGCCUCCUAGUGUCGGAGAAAUUUCAACUGGCCUUGAUGUAGAUGUAAAGCCAGAUCAACCUGACUUUGAAAUCUCUGCUGAGGCUCCAGUUCCACCAAUGCGAAAGGGAAAGAAAUUUAAGGUUAAAUCUCCAGACAUUGAUAUGAAUAUGGGAAGCAUAGAUGUAAAUGCUGAUGUUCCAGAAGUUGGAGGAAUAGAUGUUUCUGGUAUUGGAAUAAAGGCUGGUGGAGCAGAUAUCAAUGGAAGUCUUGAUAUCCCAGAAUUUGAAGGCCGUAUAAAAAGCCCACAUGUAAAGAGUAGUAUUGAAAUUCCAGAAGUUGAAGGCAAGAUCAGUAUGCCUGGAAUUAAAGGUAGUGGAGAAAUCCAAGGAUAUGGUGGUAAGAUAACUAUGCCGGAUGUCAAAGGUAAUACUGACAUUCCAGGAUUUAGUGGCAAAAUUAGCAUGCCAGAAGUGAAUGGAAAUGUUGAUAUUCCAUCCUUUGGAAGUAAAAUUGAUAUGCCAGAUCUUAAUGGGAAAGCGGAUAUUCAAGGAUUUAGAGGCAAGGUUGACAUGCCAGAAAUGAAGGGCAGUGCUGAAAUGCCAGGCUUUGGAGGCAAGGUAGACAUGCCAGAAAUCAAGGGCAGUGUUGGAAUGCCAGGCUUUGGAGGCAAGGUAGACAUGCCAGAAAUCAAGGGCAGUGCUGAAAUGCCAGGCUUUGGAGGCAAGGUUGACAUGCCAGAAAUCAAAGGCAAGUUUGACAUGCCAGAAAUCAAGGGCAGCUUUGGAGGCAAGGUAGAUAUGCCAGAAAUUGAGGGCAGUGUUGGAAUGCCAGACUUUGGAGGCAAGGUUGACAUGCCAGAAAUCAAGGGCUUUGGAGGCAAGGUUGACAUGCCACAAAUCAAGGGCAAGUUUGACAUGCCAGAAAUCAAGGAAAUCAAGGGCAAGUUUGACAUGCCAGAAGUCAAGGGCAAGGUUGACAUGCCAGAAAUCAAGGAAAUCAAGGGCAAGUUUGACAUGCCAGAAGUCAAGGGCAAGGUUGACAUGCCAGAAAUCAAGGGCUUUGGAGGCAAGAUUGACAUGCCAGAAGUCAAGGGCAAGGUUGACAUGCCAGAAAUCAAGGGCAAGGUUGACAUGCCAGAAUUCAAGGGCAAGUUUGACAUGCCAGAAAUCAAGGGCUUUGGAGGCAAGAUUGACAUGCCAGAAGUCAAGGGCAGUGUUGGAAUGCCAAGCUUUGGAGGCAAGGUAGACAUGCCAGAAAUCAAGGAAAUCAAGGGCAAAGUUAACAUGUCAGAGAUGAAGGGCAAAGUAGACACGCCAGGAGUCAUGGGCAGUGUCGGAAUCCCUGGCUUUGAAGGCAAGGUUGACAUGCCAGAGAUGAAGGGCAAGGUUGACAUGCCAGGCACCAAAGGAAAAACAAAGACCUCAGGCUUUGGGGGCAAAAUUGAUGUGCCAAAAAUGAAGGGCAAAGUAGAGAUAACAGGUUUUGGAGAUAAGGGUGACAUGCCAGAAACCCGAGGUACAGGAGCUAAGGUUGAUAUGGCAUUAACUGAAGAAGAGGUAGAAAUUCAAGGCUUUGGAGGUAAGGUAAGCAUGCCAGAAUUAAAGGGUAAAACAGAAAUCACAUCUACAGAAAGCAAGAUUAACAUGCCAGUAGGUAAAGGAAAGGGAAAAUCCAGAGGAAAGGCCAACUUGCCAAAGGGUAAAGGUAGUGCAGAAAUUUCAGGCACAGAAGGUGAAGUUGACAUACCAUUAAUAAAGGGGACUGUUAAAAGCCCUGGCAUUGACGGCAAGGUUGACUUGCCAAAAGCUAAAGGCAAGGCAGUGAAGGCUGACAUCCAAGAGAAAAAGUCUAGUGUUGACCUCCCGGCAGCUGAAGGCAAAAUGAAAGCAAAGGCCGAAAUUCCAAAUAUUAAAAGUGGAGUUGAAGAUAGUGCAAACCUCGAAGGGGUAAAAGUUAAAACCAAAUCUGACCAUAUUACAAAAACAGAAACAAUAGCAGUAGAUUCAGAGAUCAGAGUUCCAUCUUUGGUUACAGGCAAUGGAGAUUUAAGCAAAGUUUCAUCCACAUCCACUGUAGUUACCACUGACAUACCUCUUACAAAAUCCAAGAAAAAGAGGAACAGAGCAAAUAGAAAGAAAAAGGCUAAUUCUAUGUCUGAAGAAGAACUGGAGAAGGAGAAAGACCAACCAGAAGCACAAACACCAUCUCAAGCAGGUCAACAGCAGACAAGUGUAUCGGUAAUACCAAAACUUCAGGGAACUGUUGAAGUAAAUAAAUGUCUUCCAGAAAGCAAACAUGGAACCGCAACCUAUACAUUCAGUGGUUCAGAUAGAACUGUGGGAGACACUACGAUAGUCAGUAGUCAGUAUCCUGUAUCUAGUUCACUGGUUGUGUCUACAGGGGAACCUACAGUUGUUUCCUCAUCAACUGGAGUAAAUAUUGUUAGCAGCAGGGUAAUUGGUGAAGGGGAAUUGAGGGGAAACAUUCCAGAAGUAUCGGUAAGACCAGGCACAGUUCCUAUCGGCUGGGUCAUACCGCCACAGACCUCUCAUAGUACAAUUAGCCAUAAGGUCGUUGUGGGAGAUAGUGAUCAGUUUAGUCAAGAAUUUGUAGUUCCUCACACUCAAAGUAUUACAGUACUGCCUCAAAGUCAAACUGAACAUUCACAGGUUAUGAUGACAUCACGCCCAACAGAAAUUCAUGAAGUCAAUAGAGAAUACACCAUAUCUACAGAGGCUCAAAGAGCAGAUGAUGUUGAAUCUUAUAUCAAGGGUAAAUUAGGGCCAUUUAGAAUAACACCUGACAGAACAUUAAGUGAAUGCAAGACAGAAGUACAGGUCAUAAGGGAACCUUUCCACAUAUCACCAGACAGGACAGAGCAACACCAAAUACAUCUCUCUCCAGACACAUCAGGGGAUUGGUCUGUAGGUCCAUAUUCCUACCAAGUUAGAAUGGAAACAGAUUCUGAAGGGAAACUCAUUUCAGCACCUCAGUUGACUGCGUUACAGAGCAAAGAAGAUGGAGAAUCCAGAGGCACUAAACAAUCUCGUAAUGUCUUUGUAACUGAAGAUGCUGGUGGGAGAGUAAUAGUACAUAGAAGAAUAGAAUCUCAGAGAGUGACUUCUGACCAGGAUGCUGAGCCAUCAGGUCAGCAAACCCAGAUUGUGCGACAAGACCCAGAGUCAUCAGUUGUGACAAGAACUGAGUGGCCAGAGAACGUCACCACCCACAGAACUGUUCGAAUUAGAAAAAUCAAACGGGUUAGAGUAGGUGAUGGUCCCGAAGAAACAACUGUUGAAACUGAGUAUGAAGGUGACCCUGACGCAUUAAAUCUAGAUUCAGUGGAAGGCUUUCAGUCUGGGCUGACACACCUGCUACCUGGCACUUCCGGAGAGUCAUCUCUACUCCGCUUUGGCCUUGGCCAAAGGGAGACCCCGGAAAACACACAAACAGUUACAACUACUGUUAGAAGAGUACCGGCUGAUUUAAGCCAUUUCAUGCAAGAGGGUUACGAUGAAAAUCUCGAAAAUAUUCUUGGUUCGACGACGACGACGACAACGACAAGGACUGUGCGGAAAGUCAAGGUCAUAAGAAGAGACGAAGAUGGCAACAUAGUGGAGUUCGAAGACGAGGAAGGUGAAGUCUCGUCUCUGCCACCAGCGUUGACCUCCGAAGAUGUAUCCACGACCGUCUCUGACGACGGUACAACGACGACUACAACAAGAAGAAUCAUCCGAGAAAGACGAAUCAUUACAAGUGACUUGACGGAGGACGCGAAUCGUUCUACCGUCAGGGAGAGUGCGAGCGGUGAGGGCGAGGCGGGGUCCUCACAAGACCCAUCGCAUGCAACACACUGA